ACACACAAAGCUCACAUUGCUCUCCUUGAGUCCUCACCCUUUUCUUAAUAAUUUCCUCUAAAUUUCUGUCACGCAUUUCACUUCAAAUCCCAGUUGAAAAUCAUCUCACCAAACUUGUCAACCUUUGAUCAAUUGGGCAUUGUGCUGCAUUUUACUAGCUAGCUUAGCAAUGGAGGUGGUGACCAAGAUGGCUUCAGAGAGACCAGUUGUGAUCUUCAGCAAGAGCUCAUGCUGCAUGUGCCAUUCAAUCAAGACCCUGUUUUCUGAUUUUGGGGUGAACCCAGCAGUGUACGAGCUCGACGAGAUGCAGAGAGGGAGAGAGAUAGAGCAAGCUCUUUCAAGGCUUGGCUGCAACCCUACUGUGCCUGCAGUGUUCAUUGGGGGAGAUUUUGUGGGUGGAGCCAAUGAGGUCAUGAAUCUUCAUCUUCAGCGCUCCUUAAUCCCGAUGCUUAAACGCGUUGGAGCCUUGUGGGUUUGAUGAUGAUCAGAUCAUUAAACCUAAUUAUAACUUGCAUAUAACAGGUGCUAUUAAGAAUCUUGGUUAUAUAACAAGUAUGAGAGUAUCGGAUAUAAUAUAUAAUAAACAUAUAUAGCAUAUAGAGCCAGUAAGAGUUUGCAAUAAGAGGUUAUUACUUGAUUACU